AGCAUACACAGCAAAGACACCCACCCAGCAUCACAACAGCCAUGAAGAUCGAACUCGACUCCUUCUCAGGCGCGAAGAUCUACCCGGGCACGGGCAAGCUCUUUGUGCGUAUCGACAACCGCGUCUUCCGUUUCUUCAACGGCAAGUCCGAGUCUCUCUUCCUUCAACGCAAGAACCCUCGUAAGAUCGGAUGGACUGUGUUGUUCCGUCGUAUGCACAAGAAGGGACAGGCAGAGGAGACUGCAAAGAAGCGAACACGCAAGACGGUCAAGGUUCAGCGUGCUAUUGUGGGUGCAUCACUCGAUGAUAUCAAGAAGCGUCAGCGACCAGAAGCGCGUGCGGCUGCACGGACAGAGAGCUUGAAGCAGCGAAAGGAGAAGAAGGCUGCUUCCGAGAGCGCAAAGAAGCUCGCCAAGGCCAAGGCUGGUGCAAGGCAGGCUGAGCAGAAGGUGUCCAAGAUGGGAGCUAAAGGUGCAAAGCCUGCACCGGCCAAGUCUUCCCGUUGA